AUGUCCCUUGGUGCACUAAAUGCUCCAUCCUUCAUUCCAUGCCCACCAAUUCCGACAAUUGUUUCCGAAUGGGCUGCCCUUGUCCCUCUUGCAUGUCACCUCGCGAGUCAGAGGGUCGACUACAUCACCACAGGUGAAGUGGCACUGCUGGGACGACUGUCACUUGGUCUGUUCCCGAAGCUUGGCACACUCUCCGGACUAGCUCGGCUGAUGAAGAGGGGAACGGAGUACCUGGACUAUGCAAGCACUACUGGUGGAACCAGUCGCACAGUCUGGGAUGUAAAGUGGGGAUCCGUCUUCCCGUGCGCAAAUGGCGCUGCGAGUGCUGCGAUCACGGAUUACCUCAGGAACCGUCACUAUGAAAGACCUUUGUUAAUGCCCGAGACACGGGAGCAACAGCUCCAGGGACGGGACGCAAUUGAUAGCACCAAAACCAGCCGAACCCGCCGCAGUCAGAUUCUCCAUGUCUAUUACUUCGAAUUCAAUGAAGCCAAAAAAGCCUUCGCACCAUUCCGCAUUGAAUCCAUAACGGCGUCAGUACCAGGUCAAACACUUAUUAUCCUGGUUCUCCUGGCGGUUGCUGUCCUUUGCUCCCUUGUUGGUGCUUAUGGAACAACCGUAAUACUCGUCAAUACCGCCCUGUCGCAACUCAUCGCGUGGAUGGUGCCCAUAUAUCGUCCACCUGGGUACCUGAGAAAUAAUGAAGCGCAUGACGCAUGCAUGCUCGUGGCAGCGAAUGAAAAUGCCAUGGAGUGGCACCUCUACUCUGGUGACAGAGCCAUAGUAGACACCCUGCUCAACAAGCCAAUGUUCACCCUUCCUGAUGGGAGGCAAGCCAAGGCUGCUGCCUGUUGGUUUACAUUUGCACAUCUGCUACAACUUACAGGACUAAUAUAUGUGGCAGCCCAAAAAGGUUGGGAUGGCAUCUGCCUGUUUGUUUUGCUUGUCUUACAUUGGGCACUCCACUACUCCUUUGGCAGCCAGACUUCUGUAUCGGAGUGGCUACGGACUGAGCACGUGGGAGCGAAGGUCAAGACUUUUGAAUUUUCUUCACGACAGGCCAUGUUGGGUGCUAUACAAGUGUUUAGUGAGACGAAAAUCACGCGUUGGAUGGACACCAUUCUAGUGCCACAUCCUCGAAGGGAGAUUUGGCUUCAGGGGCUUCAGCACAAUAACUUCAAGGAAAAAGGAAGCCAGCUUGGGCCCGAUGACGCGGUCCGGGUUCAAUCUCUGCUCGAAGCUUCGUUUGCUGCAGCAGAUGAGCUGAGGAGGGAAUUUGGUUGCGUUGGGCGUGCAUAA